UGUGAGAGAGCCACACUACCGAUAUCACAGAGUCAACUCGUCGUAUCUUGAGCGAGGACAGUCGAAGUUUCGCUAAGGUGGUGUAGACUACACUGUUGUGAAAAUUGCCAGCUGUUUGGACAUAGACCUGGGAAAGGCUGUUUUUGCAUCUAUACUGCGCUACCUUACUUGUAAGAUCUACCCCGGACCUUUUCAUUUUUCCGCUGCUUCGAGUUAUAUCAGGAUGACUGGAGAACAAACUCAAAAGCUCAAGUGAGGAAGAUCCAGAGGCAGGCAGCCAAGCACCCCUCCAGCUGUUUUCCUGCCCAGACUGAGGUGCUGUGGGCUGCAUCUCCUUCGAUGUGGUAUACACCCCUGUUCUGCUCGCCAGGCUGAAGUCUACGCACACCAGGUCCUCUCUGAUGGCGGCCUUCAUCCUCGGGCUGCUCCUCUUUGUCAGCCAGUCUCCACCCAUGCCUUCCUGGCCCACGGAGCGCAGCGAUGUGCCCAGCACCUCUCUGUCCCCCUCCCCUUCUGACCCUCUCCCCUUACUCCCCCUCAAUGACUCUUCGCCCUCACCGCACCCCAACGGCACCCUCCAGCAGCUUCCUAGCGCCAUCAUCAUCGGGGUGAGGAAGGGUGGCACGCGGGCACUCAUCGAGAUGCUCAGCCUGCACAGUGCGGUGGCGGCCGCUCAGAACGAGGUGCACUUCUUCGAUUGGGAGAGCCACUUCCAGCGGGGCCUGCCCUGGUACCUGUCCCAGAUGCCGUACGCCUACCCGGGCCAGGUGACGGUGGAGAAGACCCCGGCCUACUUCACCUCAGCCAAGGUGCCCGAGCGCAUCUGGCGCAUGAACCCGGACGUCAAGCUGCUGCUGAUCCUGCGGGACCCUACGGAGCGCGUGCUGUCGGACUACACGCAGGUCUACCACAACCGGCUGCAGAAGCACAAGCACGUGCAGCCCAUCGAGUCUGUGCUGCUGGGGCCGGACGGAAGCAUCAACCUGGACUACCGGGCCUUCAACCGCAGCCUCUACCACGUCCACAUCCAGAACUGGCUGCGCUACUUCCCCCUGGAGAGCAUCCACGUGGUGGACGGCGACCAGCUGAUCCGGGACCCUCUGCCGGAGAUGCAGGAGGUGGAGAGGUUCCUGGAGCUGGAGCCACAGAUCAACGCCUCCAACUUCUACUUCAACAAGACCAAAGGCUUCUACUGCCUGCGCGACCACGGACGCGAGCGCUGCCUGCACGACUCCAAGGGCCGGGCGCACCCCCGCGUGGACCCCGGCAUCUUGCAGAAGCUCUUUCGCUACUUCCACGAACCCAACCGCAAGUUUUUUGAGCUGGUGGGCAGGACGUUUAACUGGAAUUGAGGAUAUGGGCCUUACAGCUGGAAGUUUUUGUUUGUGAUUUGGUUUGUUCUUUGUUGUUGUUGAUGGUAUUUCGUUUGACUUUUUGCAAACUGUAAAAAAAAAAAGGAAUGAACUCCCCAUCCCCUGUACCUCUGCUCUAUGGGAUGCUCAAAAUAGGAUUCCACAACAACAGUACUGAUUUUUCAGUUGGACAAACAUCUAUAUAUCUUAAAGCCUAUAUAGAUGAUGAUACCACUUGUAUCAAGUUGAUACUCUUGACCAGACUUUUCUGCACAUUCAUUGUGCUUCUGUGAUUAGUCAAACUGAUGUUUUUUGUCAGCCAUAAACCUUUUUUUGGGGGGGCGGGGGUGCCGCAGCUCAUUGUUGAAUUGCAAACUUACACGCCGUCCAUGCAUCACACUGCACAUAUGGAGAUAUUUAGGCUUUAAGAUUUAAGUCUUGUUAUUUCCACAGCACCAGUAGACCACUUCUCUGUCAGCACAUAAAAAGUUAGACAUCACAUUGCGUGAGGGGUUCCACAUCUGUAGUUGUCAUGUACAGUAUAAGCUAGACAUAUUACUCCUUUUAGAACAUUAUCAUGCAUAGACCACUGCAUUGCAUAGAACAGUUAAUCACACUGCAUCACAUUGUAACACCAUGUUCUUCCCCCUACACUUCUACACAUCGACAAUGGGCCCAUGGUAUCCUUUCAAACAGUGCUGUCAAACAAAAUUUACAGUAUGAUGUCCAUGAAAACAUUAUUUUUUGUACCUACAGUAGGUGCCACGGAGAGUAUCUUUUGGGGGUUAGGUCUUUGGGUUAACUACUUUCGUGAGUAACCGAGUAGGUGUGAUUGUAUUUGUCCAACAGGGAUGGUCUGGCACAUGCUAUCUCAUGUGAAAUGGCUUGACUUCAUUAUUGACCCCGAAUGAUUCAUUAUAUCUCUGUCCAGUGAUGUUUAUUUAUGCAUUUUCAUUUCCCUGUGCCAUGAAGUUUCCUGUAUUUGUCCUCAAUGCCAGUGACUCAGUCCAUAUGUCAAAGACCAGAAAUAUUUAUUGCUGCUAUGUUUCAGUAUUACUAUUUUCUACUCAUUAUGUGGUAACACUUUGUAACUACAUUAUGAAGCUUUGUUAACACUUCCAUAAUGAAGUAAUUAUAAACAAAGCAUACAUGUUUGUGAUUGAGUAAGGAAUACUAUCUUAGUGUAGGUUACUAUGAACACAAGAGAAAACCAAUUAACAGCUUCAUAGGAUGAGUUCGAUGGGAGUUUGCCUGCCGGGCACUAAUGCAUCCUGUGGUUUGCUCUCUUGCUCUUCGGAGAUUUGUAAAUCGGUUUUCUUAAAAUAAUGAUUUCAUUAUUUAUUUAGAAGUGUUAAUAAAGCUUCAUAAUGUAGCAUUAUUAUAAAGUGUUCCAGGAUAUGUUUUCUCUUCUUUUGUUCGAUGUCUCUUUGGAAAAAUGCUUUUCUGUGUCCGUAUGUCCUGUAAAUAUGAAUUAUUUUCUAAGUGAAGGGUUAUGCCAUUAAUAAAAUAGUAUUUUUGGUUAA